AUGUCAUAUACGUACUGAUACAGGGCGUGCCGACUUUCCAGGGCGCCAAUUCCCCUCCAAGAUCCGUCUUCUCCGGCCGCUCCACCCAAUUCGUCGUCCUCCCCGCCUCCGGAUCUGAACAUGAGCGACGCGACCACGGCCCCCGCCACCGGAGCCGGGGACCACGUUGUCGAUGCCGCCGCGCACAAGCCGCCGGCUGCCCCGUCGCCGGACAUGGCAAGCAUCAGACGGGGCGGGAGCUCCGUGACCGAGACAGUCACCCAGGCAACGCAGCAGCAGCAGUCGCGGCUGGACGACGACCAGCUGGCGGAGCUGCGGGAGAUAUUCCGGUCCUUCGACCGCAACGCCGACGGCAGCCUGACGCAGCUGGAGCUGGGCUCCUUGCUCCGGUCCCUGGGCCUGACGCCCAGCGCCGACCAGCUCGACGCGCUCAUCACCCGUGCCGACACCAACUCCAACGGCCUCAUCGAGUUCUCCGAGUUUGUGGCGCUCGUGGCCCCCGACCUCCUCCAAGACCGGUCCCCUUACUCGGAGGACCAGCUCCGCAAGCUCUUCGCCAUCUUCGACCGCGACGGCAACGGGUUCAUCACCGCGGCCGAGCUGGCGCACUCCAUGGCCAAGCUCGGCCACGCGCUCACCGUCAAGGAGCUCACGGGAAUGAUCAAGGAGGCAGACACCGACGGCGAUGGCCGCAUCAAUUUCCAGGAGUUCUCGCGCGCCAUCACCGCCGCCGCAUUUGACAACAUCUUCUCCUGACCGACCGACCGACCGAGGCCGCAAACAGGAUGCGUUGUGUCGAUCAUCGAUUCAGUUCUUGGUGAUUCUCAGUUUUCAAUUUGUUCGUCUUCUUUUGGGGAGAUUAAUUUAGGAAGCUAUAGAUGAGGUGAGGUGUUCUUAUGAAUAACAGAUCAAACAAAAAAGGAAUCAAUUUAGGGACAAAUUACAUGCAUGGUUGAUUGUGUU